GGCCUCGCAUCAACUUUGAGCCUGUUGCUGGUGAAGCCGGGCCAGGGCCAAGCGAGGCACCCGUAGGCCGCGGUGCCCGGAACCCGCCGAGGAACCGAAGGACCUGGAGCGGGCGGUCCACCCGGGACCCCUCCGGGGCCUGCCGGCGGUCUCGCGCAGCCCGCCCGGGAUUUGCAGCUGACCUCCUUUCCGGGUUGGCGGAAGGCCUGUUGUCCCGGUUACGCGGGAGUCGCACCCCCCACCCCACCCCGGCUCGCGUUCGUGGGACUGUGCAGCGCGGGACCCGGCGGGACACUUGUGCGCUCCCUCAGCCUCGCCGCCGCCGUCGGUGCCCCGAAGCACCCCAGCCAUGAAACCCACCUUCUCUGUACGGCUGAGGGUUUUCAACCUCAACUGCUGGGACAUCCCUUACCUGAGCAAACACAGGACUGACCGCAUGCAGCGCUUGGGAGAUUUUCUGAACUUUGAAAGCUUCGACCUGGCACUACUCCAGGAGGUGUGGAGUGAGCAGGACUUCCAGUACCUAAGGCAAAAACUGUCGCUCACCUACCCGGACGCACACUACUUCAGAAGUGGACUCAUCGGCAGCGGCCUCUGUGUGUUCUCCAGACACCCAAUCCAGGAAAUUAUCCAGCACAUCUACACUCUGAAUGGCUACCCCUACAUGGUCUGUCAUGGAGACUGGUUCUGUGGGAAGGCUGUGGGGCUGCUGGUGCUCCAUCUAAAUGGACUGGUGCUCAACGUCUACGUGACCCACCUCCACGCUGAGUACAGUCGACAGAAGGACAUCUACCUAGCGCACCGUGUGGUCCAAGCUUGGGAACUGGCCCAGUUCAUCCACCACACAUCCAAGCAUGCAGAUGUGGUUCUCUUGUGUGGGGACCUCAACAUGCACCCCAGAGACCUGGGCUGCUGCCUCCUGAGAGGGUGGACGGGGCUUCGUGACGCCUACGUCGAGACUCAGGACUUUAAGGGCUCUGAAGACGGCUGUACCAUGGUACCCACAAACUGCUACGUCAGCCAGCAGGACCUGGGACCAUUUCCACUUGGCAUCCGCAUUGACUAUGUGCUUUACAAGGCAGUUUCUGGGUUCUCCAUCUGCUGUAAGACUCUGAAAACCACUACAGGCUGUGACCCCCACAAUGGCACCCCCCUCUCUGAUCACGAGGCCCUCAUGGCCACUUUGUAUGUGAAGCACAGCCCCCCUCAGGAGGACCCCAGUCCUGCCCACGGGCCGCCUGAAAGGUCAGCACUCAUCAGUGUGCUGAGGGAGGCGUGGACAGAGCUGGGACUAGGCGUGGCUCAGGCUCGCUGGUGGGCUGCCUUGGCUGGCUAUGUGACGGUCUCGGGGCUCUUCCUCCUGGCGCUGCUGUGUGCCCUGGCUGUAGGAGGAGGGGCCAGGGAAGUGGCCAUGCUGCUCUGGACACCCAGUGUGGGGCUGGUGCUGGGAGCGGGUGCAGUCUGCGUCUUCCACAGGCAGGAGGCCAGAGGCUUAUGUCGGGCCCAGGCCGAACUCCAGCAUGUUCUGAGGAGGGAAAGGGAGACCCAGGACCUAGGCUCAGAGCCCCACCUAGCCCCAAGCUGACGAACAAUAAAACUUGACAUACCCUA